CCGAUACGUCUGCUCUCCUCUCAUGGUCUACGGUCCGAGCAUGCUCCCGACGUUGAACGUAACAGGGGAUGUGCUGCUGGUCGAACACGUGUCUCCAUUUCUGGGGAAGGUGGGUCCCGGUGACGUCGUCCUAGUUCGGGCAACUGAUAACCCUAGAAAGAUUAUUACCAAGCGGGUUAUGGGCAUGGAGAACGAUUUCGUCACUUUCCUACCCGAUCCUGGACUCAGUGACAGCUCUGUCACUGUAAAGGUUCCAAAGGGGCAUGUUUGGAUUCAAGGAGAUAAUAUAUAUGCAUCCAGGGAUUCAAGGCAACUUGGGCCAAUCCCAUAUGGUCUUAUUCUGGGAAAAGUCUUCUUUAGAGUAUGGCCACCAGAAGGAUUUGGGUCUUUGAGACAAGAAUUGUAGGCAUUAAAGAUGAAGAUAUGCAGAUGAAAAUUUACUAUUUGUCAAUGAACCAGAGUCUGUCUGAUGUUCCAGGAACACGAGACAAGAAACUCAACACAGGAAAACGUCAUUUUAAAAAAAAUGAAAACUGCUUGAGCAUUUGUCCAAAAGUUUACCAUAUCACUGUAGUGAAUUUUGAAACGUAGAAAACUAGAUAUGCUUCAUUCUUACCACACAGAAUUACUUCACCAUGAAGGAUUUCAUGAUCUGUCCAUAGAUUAUAGUGAAUGAGUCAUUGGGGGAACGAUUUGUGCUUGGAAUGGUUUGAUAUUAACCAAGGGAUGCGGGACAACUCCGUAUGUCAUUUUGUGUGUUUCCUUUUUACACCCUCACCUGUCCAUUUAUAGUGCAAAAUGUUGGGUUUCAC